GUGAGUUAUAAAUGCUUUAUCGCAGGUGACAAUUUUUAGUCGUUUGAAAGCUGAGCAAUGGAGACGAAGUUAAUGGUCAUAACUUUCCUAAUAGUCUAUGUACUUGCCCAAACGAAGGCCGACUGUGUUUCUAAGCCAAUUGUGGAUGGGAAAUGCGACCAGAGAAUCAAAGGAUAUACUUAUGUAGUCGCAGAAAACCAAUGCAAAAGGUUCAAGACAAGGGGUUGCACAGUGGGCGGCAACUAUUAUCGUACCCUGGAGGAGUGUAUUUCCAAAUGCAAUGGAUUUUUCCAAUGGGAAGACAUCGGUUUUAGUGGUAAACGAUAUUGGCCACCAAGUGAAAUCGAUGACCCCUGGUCGAAUGAUUCGGAAGAAAGCGAAGUUGAAACCAUCUCGAAAAGAGGGUCGAAAAAACAAGAUCCUCCGAUGGUGCUUAACCCAGACUUGUAUUAUAAUCAAUUCAUUGAGCCCCCAAUAGCAGUGAAUCAGUUUAUGGGUAUUGCUCCAACACCUUAUGCUCCACAGUGAACUACUUAAAGAAUUAAACACUGUA